CAGUAGCUUUUUCACUCUCCUCUGAGAGCUGUAUGUUCUGUUGUGCAUUAUAUAUCUAUUUUAUAUAUGUUCAAUAAAUUCUCAAUAAAACAGUAAUCAAUCUCAAAUAGAUAAUCUACUGCGUCCCCAUUGAUAAAUGCCAUCCCAUAAACACUAUAUAUAUUAUGAUUUUAUAUGUGUUACUCUCUAUACAGAUUUACUUAUAACUUAUAACACUUGGACGCAUUACUUUUAACAUGUGAUUUACUAAUGUAAAUAGUUUAUUUUAAUAACGAAAUGGACGUGAAAGUUAUCGUGGGUGCGAAGUGAUGUGAUAACACUGGUGCAAUCAGGAUUCCUGCAACCAGUGCAGUGCUGAUUUUUUUUUUAAUUUCUUUUUGACGUUCAAACACUUGUCAUCGCAGUAUUUGCUCGAGCUUAAAAAAAAUUGCCGGCAGACGAUGUUUCAAACUUCACUAUAAUUUAAUUCACAACUCAGAAUCUCCCUCGAACCUCACGAAUGUGAUAAAAGAAAUAUUAUUUUAAUAUAAAAAUUAUAAAAAAAAAAGAAAUAAUCUGGUUCCUCUAGUAAUUAGUUCAAAAACCAAAGCACCCUAUAUAUUUCUAACCAAAGCUAGUUUAAGAUGUCGAACAUGCCGAUAUACAGCCAAGUGGCGCCCAAGUAUAGGACAAAAAACGCUAAAGGCAACUCCACGCGGGAGAAUAGGGGUAAUCCGAGAGAAUUCGACCCCCUGAAUUACAACCACGGGGGUAAUAUACAGCUUCUGAACGCGCCGAUGGAGAGUAGAAUUGAGAAACUAGAAAAGAGGGAAUCGAGACGCAAAGAAGAGACCAGAGUAAGAAGAACACAGAACAGAAGUGACGCCAACGAGGGGAAGGUCGAAGCGUAUUUGAGGCAGAACCAGGUCAGCAUAAGGCAGCAGCAGAACAGACAUUCCGCUGUCAGACACGCCGAACACCGGGUUAAUUUACGGUCACUCCCCCUGAACGAGAUAACAUCAAGACAGGAGCGUACUCCGACCGGCCACCGGGUAUUCCCCGAGAGAGAGGUCUCCAGGGACACUAGACGACAGAGAGACAGGGAAAGAGACUUCGAUUUUGAUGGAUCCCCGCUGAGUCCAAUAGCUCGCGACAAGGACAGAGUGAAGAAGUCUUCAACCCGGGUGUCGGAUGUGAGUGACAAGAGGAGGUUCUUCUGUAGGGAGUGGGUGUUCCAGAAGAUAGCGCACUGCUUAGAACAACGAGCGGUCAGCAAGACUGCUGGAACCCUUAUAUUGGGUGACGCUGGCAGUGGGAAGACUGCCUUAUGUCAAGAGCUGAGCGCCCCGGGCACAGGUCCUCAGGCUAGACAACAGCGAGCGUUGAACAGGCGAAUGCUCGCCAGACACUUUUUGCAGGGUCCAGGAGACUGCAGCCAAAGACCUGGAGAAUUCGUCCGUUCACUGGCGAUGCAGAUCCUUUCACAUUCUGAACAUGCAAAACCUGAUGACAGAUCAGAUAGAAAUUCCUUGGAAGACAAUUUUGUUCAGCGGUUCCGUGAUAUGGGUGAGGAUUGUGAGGAGAGCUCCAAACCACUGCUGGCUGAUAGUGAAGAUCAACGCACAGACGAGGAGGAGACGAGCUCUAGACAGAGAACAGCGGACAGAUUACACGAGAGAGAAGAGUAUACAGAUUGUAUUAAUGACGCCGAGCUCAGUGGACAUAUGCUACCGGAAAUACUGCCGAAGGCGGAUGUGAAGCCAACGAAUCCGUUCGUCAGCGACCAGAAUGACCUCCGUCUAUACGAGAACCACGAAAACUUGUUCCUCCGCAACAUAUCACAGCGACAGUCCAAAGAACUGCGGAAUUCAAGACUUCUACGUCAAAGUUCUGAACCGCUCCAGGAGAAGAGACCUUCCGUGCUCCAGAAGAGUCUGUCGAACGAUCAAGAAGAGAAGAAAGAGAUGAACAGCCCGCCAAAAUCAAGAAUACCAGUCGCCAACUUCCGGUAUCCGAAUAAAAGUGGCCUACGUCCUGAUAGUUCCCCGAAAAAGGAUCCCAAAGAACUUCCCGAGUACCAGAACAUAGUCCACGACGUUAAAGACGAUCCGCAGACUGAAAUGGAGCUACUUCUGGAGAAGAAGCGAUCAGCGUCUGAAGAGGAACCGCCUCCGAUCCCCAGCCUGCCCGUCAAUCCCAGGACUUUGAUAGCCAACGCCUACUACGAGAAGCUGUUAUCGGAAACGGAAAUCCAGCAGGCCUUGCUGCCCCAGAACCUGGACAAGAAUCCCGAUGAGUGCUUCAAGAAGGCCAUUCUGUUUCCGUUACUGGAGAUAGAUCCACCUAAGCAGUGCUUGUUUUUACUUAUUGACGCUAUUGACGAGGGCGCCACUAAUGACGGCGAUGGCAGCGAGGGCAGCGUGGCCGGGGUGGUCGGCCGUCACCAACACCUGCUACCGCACUGGCUGCUGCUGGUGGCUACUGCGAGGAGACACUCUCGCCUGGCUAGGGUGUUCACCGGUUUCCGUAAGAUAACUUUGGAUGAGCUGUGUCGAGCCCAUGUGGCCGCGGACGUCCAGCGCUACGUGUUGGCUCGCCUGGACAACGAACCUAGACUAAGGGCGCGCGUGUCCAGCGACGCGGCGGCGGCGGCCUCGGCGGCGGCCGCCCUCGACCAUCUCCGCAUCAAGAGCGACGGAUGCUUACUGUACCUCGAGAAGGUGCUGGACGGUGUAGCCGACGGUUUUAUAGCUCUGCGUGAAAUAAGAGAGAUCCCAGGUACACUCAACGGACUGUACUUGUGGCUCGCGCAGAGGCUGUUCCACGGACGCAGAUUCAAUAAGGUCCGGCUGGUGUUGGACGUGCUGCUGGCCGCUCGCUGCGGUGUGACUGAGGACAUGCUGUACAAGUGUCUCCUCACUAAGGAGUACAGCGUCACCAGGGAGGACUUUAACAGACGGAUGCAUCUGUUGAGGAGGAUAGUGUCCGUGGACCGCUCGACGGGCUUCGUGGCGAUCUUCCACCGCUCCUUCUCCUCGUGGCUGGUGGACGUGAAGCACUGCACCCGGCGCUACUUGUGCGACGUCUCCGCGGGUCACGCCGCUCUCGCCAUGCAUUACACUCUAGAAGCCAGAAGACUGUCAGCUCUCGAGAUCCAUCACUACGUGUAUCACAUGACGCAGCUGGAACAACACCUGGCCUCGCUCAAGAAGGGGAAGCUCGGCUGUGAGCCGGUGGAGCUUCAUACUCUGGUGCUGCUCUGGGUGUUGGACUCCGGCUGCCAGGUGGAGGCGGCGCUCCAACAUGACAGAGGACAGAUUGAGGAGAAAAUCGAAGAUAAAGAUCAAGAUCCGGAGUCUGAGGGAAAGGAGUCGACUUCCUGUAAAUCAUUGGAACAGUCCGCUCUGGAGAACAUAAUGCCGGAGCUGGUGAACGGUAGCACCCCCAGGUGGCCGAGGGACAGGCGGGUGAUGCGGGCCCUCAUGGAGCUUAGCAGGACGGAUUCCGUCCCCACGGAACCCGAGGAAGACGUCAAUGAUCUGCUGUCCACUGAGAAGGCGCUGGAGAGUGAAGAGAACGCGACCGGGGACGAGCACGAUGAGGCGCUACUCCUGGAUCCGGGGACUGUUCAUGAGUUAGCAGCGAGAGGAGAUGAAGACGCGUUAUCAGUUUUAUUGAAGCGUCGUCCUGAGCUGGCUCAGUCGGUGGACGCGGCGGGGGCCACGGCCUUGCACGCCGCGGCCCGGGCGGGGCGCGCCGGGACCGCAGCCCUCCUGCUCAAGGCGGGCGCUUCGCCCUCCGUGGCGGACGGCGACGGCUGGAGCCCGCUCAGGGCUGCGGCCUGGGCUGGCCACGUGGAGGUGGUGGACGUGCUCCUGGAACAUGGUUGCGACGUGGACUGCGUGGACGCCGACAACAGGACCGCCUUGAGGGCUGCGGCGUGGUCCGGCCACGAGGCCGUGGUUGCGCGGCUCUUGGCCGGGGGGGCGGAGGCCGAGCGCGCGGACGCUGAGGGCCGCACGCCCCUAAUGGCCGCCGCUUACAUGGGCCACGCGGACAUCGUGAGAUUGCUGCUGGACGCCGGCGCCGGCACCGACCACGCCGAUCAUGACGGCCGUACGGCGCUGUCGGUGGCGGCUCUGUGUAGAGCUGGUGGGGCGUGCGCCGCCUUACUCCUGGAGCGAGGAGCGGACCCCGGCCGAGCGGACAGGGACCGCGCGACCCCGCUCUUAGUGGCCGCCUUUGAAGGACACACUGAAAUAUGCGAAUUACUUCUCGAGGCGGAAGCGGAUAUAGAGGCCUCAGACGCGGCGGGCCGCACGGCGCUGUGGGCGGCCGCGUCUGCGGGCCACGCCGACACCGUCAGACUGCUACUGUUCUGGGGGGCCUGUGUCGACACCAUGGACGACGAGGGACGGACUGUGCUCAGCACAGCCGCCGCACAGGGUAACGUGGAGGUUGUCCGCCAGCUGCUAGACCGGGGGCUAGACGAACACCACCGGGACAACUCCGGCUGGACGCCGCUACACUACGCCGCCUUCGAAGGUCAUAUAGAGGUCUGCGAAGCGCUUCUGGAAGCGGGGGCGAAGGUCGACGAGGCCGACAACGACGGCAAGGGACCUCUCAUGCUGGCGGCGCAGGAGGGACACACCAGGCUCCUGGAACUGCUCGUGGACACCUGGGCCGCCCCGGUCGACCAACGCGCGCACGACGGCAAGACGGCGCUGCGCCUGGCGGCGCUGGAGGGGCACUUCGAGGCAGUAGCCGCGCUGCACUGCCGCGGGGCGGACGUGGACGCGCUGGACGCGGACCGGCGGAGCACGCUAUAUGUACUGGCCUUGGACAACAGACUGGCGAUGGCCAGGCAGCUGCUGGCGUGCGGGGCCAGCGUACACUCCAGUGACACUGAGGGUCGGACUCCUCUCCACGUGUCCGCCUGGCAGGGACACACUGAGAUGGUCAAUCUGUUGAUAAAAGUCGGCGGGGCGUCCGUGGACGGCCGGGAUCGCUGCUCACGCACGGCGUUGCACGCGGCGGCUUGGCGCGGCCGGGCCGGGGUGUUGCGGACCCUGCUGGAACACGGAGCGGACCCCGCGGCCGUGUGCACUCAGGGAGCUACGCCGUUGGGGAUAGCUGCACAGGAGGGUCACGAGGAGUGCGUGCUGUGGCUUCUCCAGCUCGGGGCUGAUCCGUUACAAGCUGACCACUGUGGUCGUACGCCUGCUAAAGUAGCCUGGAGAGCUGGACAUGCGAACAUCUGCCGGCUUCUGGAGCGCUGGACCGCGCCCUCCGCACCUCCAGCACCUCCCGUCACACAUCACGAGGACAAGCGACCAGCCUCCCCGGAGUACAAACGCCGUAGUAUCCACAGCUCCAACUCCACAAAAUCAUCGUCCAACAUGACCGGCGGCUCCAACAGGUCACACGACGAGGACGAAAAGGGUUCCCUCUCUUUCGCCCAGCAGGUGGCGCGCUGUGGACGAGCGAGACGGGAGAUAGAGAGAGACGAACCGAUACCAGAACACCAAGUGCUGGAACAGGACUCCAAGCUGAGGAGUUAUAUAGCGAAUGAGAGGGACAGCGAGCUACAUGGAUAUGCGAGGGAGAGAGACAGGAGACGGGAACAGAGACACGGCACCACCAGCCCGCUGUACGCCUCGCCGCCCAGGAGCCCCAGCGAACCACGGAGCCCCGACCCGCCUGCUGGUUCCCAGCCAGCCAGUCUAACGAGCGCCCCGGCACUGACGGACAACCACUUCAACAGAGACACGCACAUGAGGAUCAUCCUGGGCAGAGACAAGCACGCGGAGAAACAUGACGGCGAGGUGAUUUUGGCGACAAGAAUGUUGUGCAGAGUAUUGGGGAGUUUCGGCCGGACCAGGGGCAGGAUAUUAAAGAAAACUAAGAAUAAGAGGAAUGGCAUCGUCACCAACCCGGCGAUGCGUCUGGUCGCUAACGUCAGGAACGGUCUGGACAGCGCAGCAGCUAACAUUCGUCGGACGGGGGUCGCGUUAGCAGCCAGCGCCAGUUCCUCCAAUCCAGCAGUCAAGACCAACGCGUUCCAGUGGAGGAAGGAGACUCCGCUCUAGACGACACAGACUUGUGACUGUCGCGACACAGACUUGAGACUGUCGCGACACAGACUUGAGACUGCAGCAAGACAGUCGUGAGACUGUCGCAAGACAUUUCCGUCUCCACUAACGCUAAGCAAUAAUCUGCUCUCACAAGACUCCAGCAGUGCCCCAGAUUGUAUAACGAGCAAUAUAGUACGUGUGCCGCGGCUGUAGCUGUGUAGAAGCUGGUUUCUGAAUCUAUUCCUUGCAAAUAUUUCUCCGUUGAGGUGAAAAAUAUUGUUUUUUAACGGACUGAUUUUCAACUUUUCAUCGAAAAGAUGAAAAAUACAGUUAGUGCUAAGAUUCCAAGUAUUAUACGGAGUUAUUAAUUUAAGAAACGCCAUAUUUUAUUGAAAAUAAAGUAACAAGAGAGCGUUUGCUUUUCAUUCGUUUAAAAAUUUCAUAAAAAAUACUCGUAACUAGAUGUAACUACAAAAUAUUUUUAGACUCCAUGUAAACAGCAACAUACAAAAACGAAAAUACAAAAAAUAAAGUAGACGACUUCCGUAUCCGGCUAUAAUAAUUUAGAAAUUAAAAUAUAUUUUUCGAAUAUUUAAUUUAAGGUUGUAUCUUAAACAUUUAUUUAGCUUUAACCUGCGACUUUCGCUUUCUAUAAAUAAAAAAAAAAAAUAGAUAAAAAAAAUACUAAAAAUAAGCAGUAUUACGUACUUUAAACAUUUCCGUGUUGCAUUUCGAAAGAUCACAAUGCAUUUCUAGUUCGCCUAAAACGUUACUGAUCUCAACUCGAACAAAGUUAACUAACUUUUAGACUAAAACUAAAAUUAAUUUAGUUCUUAGAUUGGCUUCACACUUUGUUUGGCAAUAAAUACGUUAUGUUAUACGGAAUUUAGUCAUUCUUAUCCUAACAUUUUCCCGCCAUUUGUUCUGUCAUCUGUCAGUUAUGACAUUUCUGUUAUGAAUGUUUUAUUCCAUACAGCCAAUCUAAGUUCUCAAAUCUGUAUAUUUAAACUAGUCCAGAUAAGCAAGGUGCCUAGUUGUAAAAGCUAAGCGUGAGUAGGUUAUAAUAAAUUAGUAUAUUAUAUUGGCAACACCAAUGUGUGUCUGAAUGUAGAAUGUUAUAGCCUCUUUAUUUUUCUAUAUCGGAAUUAAGUAUAUUAUAUUGUCAUAUAUUAUUUUGACUUACGAUUUUUUUUAUUACGAAUGAUUUAUGAUAUAGUACUAUCGAUUAUUUAAGAUGUAUUGAUUGAUUUUAAUUCUUGCCAAACUUAACCUCAGUCCCGUAAAGUUAAUAUCCGUUGUCCAUUUUUUAUAAUUUAAAAUAUUUUUGUGUGAAUCACGUUUGUUUAUUAAUUUACAUUUGGUUUGUAUCAACGUGAAUACGAUAAACGAAAACUAGAGGUCUCUUUCUAUCAAAGUGUGUUUUUGUACUGAAAAUAAUCAAACCUAAAUAUUCUCGGAGGAAUAGUAUUGCUAGUCUCUCACGUAACGUAAAGACAAACAAACAUUAUUACGGUGCGUUUAAUUUGUACCAAAAUAAUGAAAUUUCAACGAUUUACAAUAUUUUAUGUGAACGAAUGACAGAUUAUAAAAACGGAGGCUACUGUGUCUAGCUUAGAAUUGUUUAGUUUAAAAAUAUAUUAAAUAAUAUUCUGUUCGGUGAGAAAUCUUUUUUAUUUUAUAUUAUUCAUAUCUCAUGUAAAUUAAAUUCAUUUAUUCGAGUAUUUUAAUUAUACUUACAUAUGUUUGAAAAUUAUUAUAUAUAUUAUAUACUGUUUUAGUAGAUUUUGGUAGAAAUCACGCCAUGGUAGUUUGUGACGCUUAUUUUUUUUUUUUGUGUAAAUUAGAAGAAAUAUUUAUUUAUUUCUAGGACUUUGGAUGUAUUUGGAUUUUUUUUUUUUAAUUUUUUUUUUUUGUAUUCGUGUGAAUAUUGUGAUAGGAUGGUAACGAGAAGUUUUUUUUAAUUAAAUAUAAUGUAGCUGGUGCCGUGUAAUAAAUGUGGAAAUAUAUUGAAAUAUAUAUAAUUUCUCUUAAAUAA